GUCAUCAGUAUACUAUGGAGGGAUCCACAGCGGACGGCGUGUCAGCGCCUUUACCUGGACGAUGUGCUUUUUAUGUAGUAAAAAAGAAACGAUACUGCAAGAUGAUUGUUGGAAGUGGGAAAACCUUCUGCGGGGAACAUGCAAAUGCUGGCGAAGAGAGUGAGAAAAAACGAAUCCCCUGUCCUUUGGACCCCAAACACACUGUAUUUGAAGAUAAUUUGGCUAAACACCUGAAGAAAUGUAACUCCAAGGAGAAACCAAAACCUAUUUAUUACGUGAAGGACAUCAAUGCUGGGUGUGAAAAUCAAGAUGAAACCAUAGAUGAGAUAUCCAUUGCUGAUCGAUCCAAAGAGGAACUGGAUGAGUUGAUAGUGAAACUCAAAACUGCAUUACAAGGUCUAAAUACCAAACUCGUGGAAACAACACUCUCACAUUCUGCUCUAUAUGAGCCUCUAAAUGACCCAAAGAAUGGAGAUUCUGCUUUUAAACACCUCAAGCAACAGGCCUCUAUUCUUGGAAACAUGGAGGUUUUGGAACUGCUCAGCCCAAACAGAUGCUACAUAGAGUUUGGGGCAGGGAAGGGAAAACUGUCCCAUUGGAUUCACAUUGCUCUUAAAGCAGCUGAAAAUGUCCAUUUUUUACUUGUGGAAAGGUCCAGUACUCGCUUUAAGGUAGAUGGCAAGCACAAAAAUGCAGACUCGACUUUUGAUAGGCUUCAGGUUGAUAUUCAGCACCUUGAUUUACUGAAAGUUCCUCUCCUGAGAGAAAAGCGACUUCCUGUUAUUGGUGUUGGGAAGCACCUCUGUGGUGCAGCAACUGGUAGACUAGAAUUCAAUAAACUUCAUAAAUAUUAUCAUGGUAUUAGUCCUGCAAGAUUGAUGUAUCAACUUAUAUCCACAGAUCUGGCCCUUCGGUGUUUAUUUGAGCACAACUGCAUUGACAAAGAUGAUGACCCUCCUACCAAGCGUGUAAAACUUAAUCAUACGGAGGGUGCUGGUGAUGAUAUGAAGCCUGUUCCCUCAACCGAAGGCAGGGAAACUGGUGAAGAGCUCAUAGUGUCAGGACUGGCCAUCGCUCUUUGCUGCCACCACCGUUGCGACUGGAGACACUACGUGGGAAAAGAGUUCUUCAGACAGAAAGGUCUUGGACCAGAAGAGUUUGCUGCUUUCCAGCGCAUGUCGAGCUGGGCCACUUGCGGUAUGAGAAAAUUCAGCUCCAAGAUAACAGAAAAAACAGGCGAAGAGGAAGAACAUGAGAUGAGCGAGGAAGCUGUGCCAGAUACCCUUAACGGUUUGAUGUCAGUUGAAGAUCGGGAACAGAUCGGGCGGCUUUGUAAGCACCUGAUUGACCAUGGAAGAGUGUAUUACCUCCAGCAAAAAGGCUUUAAAACCAGUCUGAGAUACUACACAAGCAGAGAUGUGUCAUUGGAGAAUGUGUUACUAACUGCCAUUCCCACAGCCAAUCAGAAUAGAGAUGAAUCUAAACAGCCUUCUUAAGACAAACAAGCACAAGUGCAGGAAACAUAUGCUUCAUUUUAUUUUAUCAAUGUUUAUGGAGUUUUUUAUUUUAGUUCAUCCACGAACAUUACUUAUGACAUACUAGCAGGAAGAAGCAACUCCAACAAAUGACAGGCAACAAAACAUUUAAAAGAAAGAAGCGCUCUCCACAGGACUUGGGGGGGACAAUACUUGACAUGAUGGACCGGAAAAUCAGUCCAAAAGGCAGAUGAGCAGACAGAAGCCAGCAUGCAAGUCACAAAGAUGAUGCUGUCUCUGACACGCCGUCCAGCGUCACAUUUAGCAGUGACGUGAAAGUUUGGGAUCCUGCAAUAGACAUGUAAUGCAAAAGUUGGUCAUUAAGAGGCUCUAAAGGCUUUAAUUCCAGUUCUGUUUUAUUUAUGUAAUAUUUUAGAAUAAAGUUCUGCUACAAGUUUUGCACACAAUA